AUCUGUUGAUAACCAGGGCGGGGAAGAUGGUCCAGCUGUCCACCAUGGAGCGAUUCCAACCGGACAAUGGUCAAGAGCUACACCUGGCAUCUCCUCCCGAUCUCCACUAUCCAGCAUAUGGCAAUUCCCACAUCUUCAUCACUCCUACUAAUUAAACCUUCUCUUUCACAUUCCUUGUUGCUCGACAUUUCUAUGCUCCGCAAACUCUUCCUCUCUUCCUCUUCCCAUCGCCUUCUGCCUCCCCAACCAAAACUAUCGUCGCCUAGAAAGUACGCUUAUCCUGCUGCUUACUUCCCUUCACUUCUCUGCCCUUCCUCCUCUGUUAUAUCGCGACGCAUUCACGCACACGAGGUUUUGGCAAUGGCUGAAAGACCCACCUAUUCAACGUCUUGUUCCUAUAAGCACACCAAUCGACUUUCUUCCGAGCACAGCCCCUAUCUGCUGCAGCACGCCCAUAACCCGGUUGAUUGGUAUCCAUGGGGAGAAGAAGCUUUCACUGAAGCGCGAAAGAGAGAUGUACCUAUUUUCUUAUCAAUUGGGUACAGCACUUGCCACUGGUGUCAUGUUAUGGAGGUCGAGUCAUUUGAAGACGAGGGGGUUGCCAAGUUGUUGAACGAUUGGUUUGUUAGCAUUAAGGUGGACCGAGAGGAGCGACCGGAUGUCGAUAAGGUGUACAUGACCUAUGUGCAAGCUUUGUAUGGGGGAGGAGGUUGGCCACUGAGCGUGUUCCUUUCACCUGACUUGAAACCUUUAAUGGGUGGAACUUACUUUCCACCUGAUGAUAAGUAUGGACGACCCGGAUUCAAGACUCUACUUAGAAAGGUGAAAGAAGCUUGGGACAAUCAGAGGGAUACACUAGUUAAGAGUGGAGCCUUUGCAAUUGAACAGCUUUCUGAGGCUCUGUCUGCUGGUGCAGAUUCUAAUAAAUUGGCCGAUGGAGUUUCGGAAAAUGCUCUACGUUUAUGCUCAGAUCAACUCUCUGGAAGCUAUGACUCUAAGUUUGGUGGGUUUGGAUCUGCACCAAAGUUUCCCAGACCAGUUGAGAUAAAUCUGAUGCUUUACUAUUCCAAAAAAUUGGAGGAUACUGGGAAGUUGGGUGGAGCUAAUGAACAUCGGAAUAUGGUUUUCUUUACCUUGCAAUGCAUGGCAAGAGGGGGUGUUCAUGAUCAUAUUGGAGGGGGUUUUCACAGAUAUAGUGUGGAUGAGUGUUGGCAUGUUCCACAUUUUGAGAAGAUGCUAUAUGAUCAAGGGCAGCUUGCUAAUGCUUAUUUAGAUGCGUUUUCUAUUACAAAAGAUACCUUCUAUUCAUUUAUAUCACGGGAUAUCCUUGAUUAUUUGAGGAGAGACAUGAUUGGUCCAGAAGGUGAAAUCUUUUCAGCAGAAGAUGCUGACAGUGCAGAAACCGAAGGAGCUACAAGGAAAAAGGAAGGAACCUUUUAUAUAUGGACCAGCAAAGAGGUUGAAGACAUACUUGGACAGCAUGCAGAUCUCUUCAAAGAGCAUUAUUACAUAAAGCCCUCUGGCAAUUGUGACCUUUCUAGACUGAGUGAUCCUCAUAAUGAAUUCAUGGGGAAGAAUGUCCUGAUAGAGAGAAAGGAUCUAUCUGAAUUGGCAUCAAAAUAUGGUAUGUCAAUUGAGAAAUAUUCUGAGAUUCUUGGAGAAUGCAGGCAACAGCUAUUUGAAGUGAGGUCAAAACGACCAAGGCCACAUUUAGAUGAUAAGGUUAUUGUAUCCUGGAAUGGGCUUGUAAUCUCAUCUUUUGCUAGAGCCUCUAAGAUUCUCAACGUUGAAGCUGAAGGGACCACAUUCAACUUUCCUGUUGUUGGCACUGAACCAAAGGAGUACUUGGGAAUUGCAGAAAAAGCAGCCUUCUUUAUUAGGAAGCAACUCUACAAUGAGGAGACAAGCAGGCUGCAGCAUAGUUUCAGAAACGGUCCAUCUAAAGCUCCUGGUUUUUUGGAUGAUUACGCUUUUCUGAUUUCUGGAUUGCUGGAUCUCUACGAAUGUGGUGGUGUAAUCGACUGGCUUGUGUGGGCAAUUAAACUGCAGGAGACCCAGGAUGCUUUGUUUCUUGAUAGGGAGGGAGGAGCUUAUUUUAACACGCCAGGAGAAGAUCCUUCAGUUCUUCUCCGUGUUAAAGAAGAUCAUGAUGGGGCUGAACCCUCUGGAAACUCGGUUUCUGCAGUCAAUCUUAUUAGAUUGGCUUCCAUGGUUGCUGGAAAUAAGGCUGAGUAUUACAGCCAAAACGCAGAACAUCUUCUGGCAGUAUUCGAAAAUAGAUUGAACGAUAUGGCUAUGGCAGUGCCUUUAAUGUGUUAUGCAGCGGACCUGUUGCGUGUACCUUCCCGCAAGCAAGUAGUUCUGGUUGGUGAAAGGACUUUAAAGGAAUUUGAAAGCAUGCUUGCCACAGCUCACGCAUUAUAUGACCCUAACAGAACCGUUAUUCAUAUAGAUCCCAACAACAAGAAAGAGAUGGAAUUUUGGGAAGCACAUAACAACAACAUUGCUCUCAUGGCGAAGAAUAACUAUGCAGCAGACAAGGUUUCAGCUCUUGUUUGCCAAAACUUCACUUGUAGCCCGCUUGUAACUGAUCACGCCUCACUUGGAGCUCUGCUCUCUAAGAGACCCUCCUCUUCAACUGCAUAGGCGUCGUUCUGAGUUCUCGAAGUAGGCAAUAGAAGUGGCAUCCCCUAAUAAUCUAGCGGCUUAUCUACUGAUGCUAUUGAUUCCGAGUCGCUGACUCGCUAGUAUCAACUAGACGUGGUGCAUAUUCUUCACUGAUAUGUACAGGGUGACCGGUUCAAAAGUAUUUUGCGGCUUCUCCCGUCUCUGCUUUUGAAGCCGGAAUUGCCAGUGGUUGGGUGCGUUUGUCCAGCCGCAGAUUUUCCCCACUUUUUUUUUUUUUUUUUUUCCCGUGGAAGCAUAUCAAACCAGCAAAGUUCGGUCAAGGUCACCAAAAUUUUUACCUGUAGCAUAAAAUUAUAGGGUCGACAUGGGAAGAGUCAUCUUCAAUUUAAAUGGAGAAACCCGCUUCCAGUAAAGUGUCUUCGACUGGAAAACAUUUAAAGCAUAUUCUCAAGUCUUGAACCGACUGGAUCCUGCAAAGACCCAUUCAUUGCUUGAAAAGGGGGUAACUCUACCCAUAUUCA